GUUUUCCUUUGGACUGGCGUUCCGAGUGCCUUCCGAGCCGCGCCAUGAAGCUGCACACGGUGGGCUUCUGUGGGGUGGAUGACUCCGUGGACCUGCGCGAGCUGAUGAAACUGGACCAAGCCUUCCCUGGGCGCUGGAUCGAGUGGGGCGUGCUGCUGCGCCCGGACCUGCAGGGCACCCCGCGCUACGCCAGCGCCGAAACGCUGCGGCGCCUGGGACGCCUGGCCAGAGGCGAGGACCCGGAGCUGCCGGGGAGACUGCGCCUGGCCGCGCACAUGUGCGGGCAGGACUGCCUGAGGGUCCUGGAGGGUGACCUGGUGCGCAUCAAGGAGCUUCAUGCGCUGCUGGGCUUUGAGCGGAUGCAACUGAACCCCACCAAGGCCAACGAGGCCUCGGGCUGGGUGCCCGAGGUGGCGGCGGCGAAGCUGCGGCAGGUGGCGCAAGCGCUGCCGGAGCUCGAGUUCAUCCUGCAGGUGAACCAGGAGACGGAGGAGCUCUUUCAGCUCCUUUUUCACAAGGAGCCAGCCCCGCCCAACCUGGUGGCGCUGAUGGACGCCUCCUGCGGCCUGGGCAAGUCCCCGGAGUCCUGGACGCUGCCCGAGGGCGUGGCGCGCUUCGGCUUCGCGGGGGGCCUGGGCCCAUCCUCGGUGCUGCCGCAGCUCGAGGCCAUGGCGCGCGCCUGCCAGGCGAAGCAGCGGGAGGUGAGCGUAUGGAUCGACAUGGAGUCCAAAAUUCGCAGCAAGGGGCCGGAUGGCUCCGAUCGCUUUGACCUGGAGCUGGUGAAGGCGGUCGCGCAGCAGCUGGCGGGCAGCCAGUGGCUGAGGAGCAACUUGUGAGGCGAAGCUUGUGGAAAUCCAACGGGCCCGCGGCAGGGCGGGAAAGUCAUCCUUUUGGCUUACGAGUUGUGAGAGAGCCAGUGGCAGGUCCUUGCUCGGGUCGACCGAGGGGGUGACCCGGGGUGUACAUCUUUUCCCAUCCCGAGACCUGGGC